AUGGCUGCUUCACAUCCUAACCCACUGGCUUUCAUUCCCGAUUAUGUUGAGAGAAAGGGUUCUCUUUUCUUGCGAUCUGAUCAUAUGGAUUACGCCAGACCGACACUUGUGUCUAACUGGUGAGUUUCAACUGCCGGCAGCAGCAUCAGGCCUUGCGUCUAAAGUUGCUUUGCCUGUAUUUUAGUGUAUCCUGUCCAAUGUAACAUAAGAGACUACAGUCUUUCUCAGUUUAUUCUAAAUGCGAAAAAUAUAUGUCGAUCAGUGGUAAAAAGACAAUCACUGAAGCAGAUCGAUCAAGACGUUAAACUUUAAGCUCAUCGUCCUUUGCAUGGGGUCAGUUUUUUUCUACUCUGCACCACAGGCGGACCAUCCGAACUGUUCGAGGCAUCGUGAUGUCACGCGCGACGUGUGAUCCAUUUGUAACGCCCGCACUCGGCUUGAUUCAAGUGAUAGGUAGAAAUGCAAAUGGUGAUAUAAUGUAAGAAAAAUGAAUAAAGAUAACUUACCUAAUGGGUUCUGCAGGACACGACACUAAAAACAUACUGUAAGUUAGUUUUAUUCAUUUUUCUUACAUUAUAUCACCAUUUGGGAUCAAAAGGUACAAAAUUCUGUGUUUUUUGAAGCAUUUCUACCAAUCACUUGAAUCAAGCCAAGUGUGGCUGUUAUGAAAUACAGUAAAUGUAUAGUAUCAGAUGUUACACAUGACAUUAUGAUCCCUUGAACAGUUUGGAUGGUUUGCCUGUGUCUGCACAUUUAAAACAAAUAAGCUUACUUCAGUAACUUUCAUCAAUCCACCUCUAUGUUGCAUACAGGCAUCAAGCAAGGGAAGCAGAACCCAAAGAUUAUGAUAUCAAAGACUAUCAACCUCAGAAGAGGAAUCUGCAUAAUUCUACCUAUCAUCGCAUUGGAAAUGUCACAGAUGGGGUGAGUCGGUAAACAUGGUUGAAACUUGCUGCUCCAGAUUUUUUAAAACGUGCUAAGUUAAUUUUAUCAUAGUGUUUGAAAAGCACACGAUUAUCACUCAUAGAUUAUUUGAUUAGCACAAUCAGGUUAUUAAUUUCUCUCAGCCAUAAAAGUCCAUUACAUCAUUUCUAAAUGAUCCGAGUCUUAAGGAGCCUUAGUAAACGUUUGGUAAAAGAGGGACAACUUAGGCAAGGCAGCAACAAAUUGCUGCUCCUUUUACAGAAACCAUGUACAGUACUACAGUGAAACCUCGCUAUAACGAACCUCUAAUUAUAAUGAAGUCCUCGGUAUAACAAACGAUUUUCUUUACCCCAGUAAAAUUAAUUAUUAUUGUAAAACAUGUAAAAAAGAACCUCUUUAUAGUGAACAGAUUUUGCCAGCUAGUCCCUUGAGCCUUUGUUAUAUCGAGGUUCUACUGUAUUUCACAUCACGGGGUGGAUUAUUAGCAAUAUUUAUUAACUUUUCUAAUGCCCCACCCUAACAGAUAGUGAACAGGUCACCUACAUGUAUGUCUCAUAGUUGUCUGUUGGAGGGGCUUUCAGGAGAUGAUCAAGUGUGGGUGGAAUGGACUGAUGCAUAUAACUUAGAUAUAAAUUAAAAAUACACCCCUCAUUCUUUGAACAGACUAUGUAAUUCAGUUGUCAAGUCCAUUGAUAUAUAUUUUUUUGAAUCUGUGACUGCUUCAGUCUUUACCAGAUACAACAAGUCAUGACCAAAUGGAGCAAGCAGUGAAACUAAAAAGUGAUUUUGAAACAAGAGAUACAAGACGGCAGAUGGUUGACAUCAAUACCUUUAAUAGCGUCAACUUCGAAAGGUAAGAUAAUCAAUUCCUUGUUCAGAGAUCAGAAGUUUUAAACCCGAAAACCUUUUGUAUUUUUGCAUUUUCUGUUUGCUAGCACACCCACACAACCCAUCUAUAUUAAGGUACACACAGUAAUCUUCUGUAAGCUGAUCCUAAUUUACAUAUUUUUUUAUUUCCAAAGAUUUAGUGCAAGUAUAUUUAUGGUUACUGUACGUAGCACACAAUGAUUUGUGUUUUUGUCUUAAUAAAUCAGAGACACUGGAGCUCCUGACAGAGGUUUUGGUAGUGUCCUCCCAAGACAUCCCCAAGAUCAUGGAAAAAGGUAUAUUAUAAAUUAAAGUACUGCCAGAGCCUAAAUGGGCUUCACCUCUGGGUAGAUGAUUUGACACAAGCACCCUGGAGGUGUACUCUCUUAUGUGGUCUAUACAGGGAUGUGUCGCUGGACAGGGUAUGGUUUUGACCAUUCUGUCGUAAAUAGGGUAGUUUUAAACUUUCAUGCGAGUCUGUCCUAUUGAUAAAGAGGUUAAUGCCUCUAUCUACGAUUGAUUCCAAUUGCAAGAUGAAGUUUCUUUGCACUACCGGUAUACAAAAGCAGUGGCUAUAACAUGAAUUUGCUGAUCUAUUGCAAUUGCCAAUAAAUGGCUUUAAAACAGGAUGGUAUCCAUUUUGUCCUUUGUCCUAAACAGGGUAAUAAAAUUGAGGUUAUUACAGUGUCAGGGUGUCCCUAACCACCCACAACUGAUAUACCCAAUUCGUAAAAUCCAACUAGUGGUCUAUUAUCAAUGCUGCAUUCUGAUUGGUUGAGCUACUACUAGGCUAUAUGUUAUAUCAAAGCCUUAACUCCGGGACAUGCAGCAUAUUUUAUAUCAGAAAAAAGGUACAUACAUGUAGUUACAUGCAAAUGUGGGGAAGGCCCCCUUGGAUCCUAUUAGUCUAGACCCAACCCCCAACCAUGCAGCUAGCAGCGUCUUGUGCCUCAUUGAUACCCAUUUUUAUCCCUUAUCCAGUCGUGACGUUGAUAAAAAACAUACUUUUUUAUUAGAUAAAUAUACAUUGAUUUUGUUGCUGUUUUUAUUUUUGGAAAUAAUACAGAUACCUAGACACGACAUAUAGAGUGGACUAUGAUUCGCCGUAUCCGUACGAGCAACAGAAGGUAUAC